AUGUCUGCUGCCCAGCUGGCGGAGUACAAAGAGCUGAUGCACACAUUCCAUGUGCUGCAAAGCUCUGACAUUUCUACUGCUGCGGCAAUGUCUUGGGUCGCUUAUGACAUUGUUCUGACAUUCGGAGAAGAGAUAGAGUUCAUCUGGAAAGCCAAAUGGUCAUUGCCCAAGUGUUUGUACAUUGCUGCACGGUACUAUGGCCUGAUAACUCUCAUUUGUGCAAUAAGUUCUCAACCUAUUGCUUUAGAGUGUAUAUUGCAGAUGUGGAGCAUGGCAAUGGUUCAUUGGACUUCUUCAUACCACUACUUAUUUUGUACAUUGCUUGCAACCAGUGUUGGCAUUGUUGUCAUCAAGCAAACUGUGCAAUUCAGCAAACCUGCAUAUAUUCCUAUAACUGGGUGUUAUAACAAGCCCCCUGCACAUGUUGUUCUAUAUGCCUGGAUCCCUUCUCUUGUGAUAGCCUGGAUCUUCUAUGGUCUCACAGUUUACAGGCUGUUCAAGGAACUGAAGAUACAGUCUUGGUUCACUUUCACAGCAGCAAGUGGAGGGGAUCAUGCAGCUUCCAUAAUUCACAUAUUUUUCCGGGAUGGAUCUAUCUGGUUUGGAUUUACUCAUUAUGAUGUAGCUGUGGUUCUCAUCACAGUUGUAUUUCAAGCAGUGGGAGUGAGCAAUUACUAUACUGGUUUCAAAUGUUUCAACUUUUCACACAGGGAUCCCGACUCAUCCUCAAUCUUCGGACAGCAUCCAAACCGGAUGCAAAUUUGGAUUCCACAGGUCUUUCUUAUGCCUCAUUCGAAGCAAGAGACAAUUUCCAAGUGGCAAGGCAGUCAGGGAAUGACACCCUUGAAGAUAUGGAUUUCUCAGGACAUGAUGAUAUUUUGA